GAAGACAGAAUUGGAUGUCGGACGGACACACCAUCAUUCUUCGCCAACAGCGCCAUACUGCAUCUUCUUCUUCCGGUUGUCAGCCAGCGGGUUGCCUUCUCACGGUACACCUCGUCACCGAGGUAGAUAAGACCGACUGACAUCUGCGCAUCCCGAAUAGCAAAUCCGCCGCGGUAGCCGGGUUCAAAAGACGAUCGAUCUUCGUCGGUGGGGCCAUCAAAUCUUCAAAAGUCGCGAUAUUUCUGGCGAGCGAGCGAGCGAGGGAGAGAGGGAGGGACGCCUUAAUGCUCUGCUUAGGGAGUGGUUAGAGGGCACCGGCGUAGAGUAAAGGCUAAGAAAGCCAAAUAAACUCAAGGAUCGUAGUCGAUCCCCGCAUACAUUGACGGCCAAAUCGAGACUAACCGAGAUCUAGAUGACCGACUCCAUCAUUACGCCGUAGUAGUGGUAUAACUUGCGCCCCUGGCUCUGACGACGUUGGAAUGUCGAGUUUAUGGUUGCGACCCCGGGAAGAAGGAUUCGUGUGCGAGGACCUAAGCCAGUCGGAGCUAUGGCUAAUCACGUGACUAAGUGGAUCCGGAUCAUAAUCAGCCCGAGGGGACUCGGUGGGAGCGACACCUGCUCGCGGUGCGCUGGGAGCAUGGGACAUGUCAUGGAACGACUCGAAGAACGGCACAUGAUUGUGUGAUGAGGAGGACCCCGCUGCAGACCCAACACGUGACCUUCUUCGAAUGUAGAAUCUCUGUCUCUCGCUACAGCGAUAGAUCGGGGCCGGGGUCAACCCGGCAGAGCGAUGCCGCGGCGCCGAGCACGGGACGUGAAGUGACGGGGAGCUGGGAGAGUGCGGGUCCCACCUCGAUGGCUUACUUCUGGACACGUCGCUGCCCGCCCGCUGGACGUGGUCACCACCGGUGAUCACAGUAAGGUUCGCCUGACCUCUUGUCCCUCGCCCUCGUCCGCGCUCACAGUUCCAGAUGCUACGCCGUCGAGGGGAAGAGGUUUUCUCCGUACGUGGUUGAUACCAUCUAUUCCAGAUGCUGGAUCUAGCAGGUUCUAGAGUUGGGUCCGACGACGUGCUUCAUAAUAAGGGAGCAUACGGCUUAACAUUCUUCUGUAUGAAGCAAGUGUCGGUGGGAUUUCCUACUCGGGCCUUAUACAGAGCUCGAUCGAUGUUCGCGUCCCACUCAAAUCUCUGGCCCCCAAAACGUGUUGCCCAUAUCUGUCGAGUAUCGCUUUCCUUUUGGCAUGAAGGCCAUGUUCUUUAGCUCGAGACAGAGGUGCAGUGCGCACAGAGGUCUUGAGAUACUGGUCAUAGCUUUCAUCACUUUUGUACUUUCCUAACAUGAGAGCUCGUUGAGCUCACAUCUCAGAUGUGUCGCAAGUAAAGCUUGGUCUGAAAAAAGAAAGUGCAUCUUCGUUAUCUCUUCGAGCGAGUUUUCUCCUUUUGUGCGGAGCUCGGAUCCAGAUCUCCAAGAUCUACUGAAUAUUCUUUCGGAACAAGGGCUUUGUCUGAGUGAAUGUUUUCUUGGAAUACUUAUUCCUUGUGUCUUUGAGGUGUGAACAGGUUAUUAGGAGGCAGAGAAGACCGAUCUGAACCCAGUUUUAACAUAACAUUCGGGGAAAUCCCGAUAAUAACGGAAAUCUAGACUUGGGUCCUAGCCCCAUUUUAAACUUUUGGUUUGAUCCAUGCAAGACUUGAGGGGGUCUCCCAUUCUCUGUCCUUCUUAUUUCUUACUUGUUUGAAAUCCAGACUUCACAUUUGCCAAAGGCUGACAUAUAUGUGGGGAGAAUGCCACGAUGAAUGCUAGAAAAGGACGG